AUCUGUAUUGUAAACAUUUAUGAUUAAAAGCUUUAGUUUUUAUAUACUUUAAUGCUCCGGUUUCCAUUAUGGUGGAGGUGCGUCAGAUAGAGCUGCUGUGCAAACAGCUGUACGAGUCUCAGGAUCCUGUUGUACGUGACCAGGCCGAGAAAGCUGUUGUCGCCUUUCAGGAGUCACCGGACACGUUAAGCAAAUGCCAGAUGCUACUAGAGCGCGCCGACUCCAGCUACUCGCAGCUACUUGCCGCUACUACCCUUGCUAAACUUAUAAGCAGGUCCACAACAAGUCUGACAGUGCAGCAAAGACUGGACAUCAGAAACUAUGUCCUUAACUAUCUCGCCACUAGACCGAAGUUGGCCAAUUUUGUCGUACAGGCACUAGUGUCGUUAUUCGCUCGGAUCACUAAGCUGGGGUGGUUCGACACUGUAAAAGACGAAUUCGUCUUCCACAAUGUCCUCAACGCGAUAUCGAGUUUUCUACAGAACCCAGCGGAGAUGUGCACAAUCGGCGUCCAGCUGCUGUCACAACUUGUCAUCGAGAUGAACCAAGUUUCCGAGGCGGACGCCAACCGCUCGCUCGCAAAGCACAGAAAGAUUGCUUGCUCGUUCAGAGACACACAACUGUACGAAAUGUUCCGCCUGGCCUGCUCCCUGUUAAGCGCCGCACGUGGCAAGACGUUGGACCUCAGCGACGAACGGCAGCAUGCGCUUAUCGCGGCAUUGCUGCGGCUCGCGCUCAACUGCCUCACAUUCGAUUUCAUCGGAACCACGAGUGAUGAGUCUUCCGAUGACCUCUGCACUGUCCAGAUCCCAACAUCGUGGCGUCCAACAUUUCUCGAAUCCGGCACACUUGAUCUCUUCUUCGAACUAUAUCAUGCCCUGAGCGGGUCUCUUGCUAGUCUGGCUUUAGCUUGCUUAGUGCAACUGGCUAGCGUGCGGCGAUCGCUAUUCAGUAACACUGAACGAGCCAAAUUCCUCAAUCGGUUAUGUGCUGGGGUGCAUCGCAUUUUGGAUAACACACAGGGCCUCCAGGACCCAACGAACUACCAUGAGUUCUGCCGCCUCGUGGCCCGACUCAAGUCCAACUAUCAACUCGGCGAAUUGGUGAUGGUUGAUAAUUACCCACGACUGAUUGAGCUGGUUGCAAAAUUCACUGUGCAGAGCCUACAGAUGUGGCAAUUUGCCCCCAACUCUGUUCACUACCUCCUGUCACUCUGGCAGCGUAUGGUGGCCUCAGUACCCUACGUGAAGGCUUCUGAACCUCACUUGUUAGAAACAUACGCUCCAGGCGUCACUGCUGCUUAUAUUGGUUCAAGAUUGGACUCCGUAUCAGUUGUCGUAAGAGACGGCCUGGAAGACCCUCUCGACGACGUGGGUACAGUCCAACAACAAUUAGAACAAUUGUCGGUUAUCGGUCGAUGCGAGUACGGCAAGACUUGUCAACUGUUAGUGGCACAUUUCGACCGGGCCGCGGCCGCGUACAGCGUCGAGACGCAGCCGCAGCAAAUCCUUGUACUGCAAGGGCAAUUAACCUGGCUAGUGUAUAUAAUCGGUGCGGCGAUCGGCGGUCGCGCAAGCGUAAACACGUGUGACGAGAACGAUGCCAUGGACGGUGAGCUCGUGUGCCGCGUGCUGCAGCUUAUGGAUCUCACUGAUUCUCGACUGGCUCAGGGUGGCUGUGAAAAGCUGGAACUGGCGAUGAUGUCAUUCUUCGAACAGUUCCGCAAGAUCUAUGUGGGCGAGCAAGUGCAGAAGAACGGGAAGGUGUAUAGGCGGUUGUCGGAAGUGCUCGGCCUGAGCGACGAGAGCCAGUUGCUCAGUGUGCUCAUGAGGAAAAUAAUAACAAAUCUAAAGUACUGGGGUGGCUCAGAACAAAUAAUAUCUCGAACAUUGGGUCUGCUAAGCGACCUGAGUGGCGGCUAUUCUUGCGUACGAAAACUGGUGAAGUUGGAAGAGGUGCAGUUUAUGCUCACUCAUCAUACGGCAGAGCACUUCCCCUUCCUCGGCAUCACAGGCGUAGGAGAUAUGUCCAGCACACGAACGGAAGAGAUGCGAUGUCGCACUAUGCUUUACACUGCUUUAGGAAGGUUACUCAUGGUGGAACUGGGGGAAGAUGAGGAAAAGUUUCACGCUUUUAUGAUGCCACUUACAGCGGCGUUCGAAAGCAUUAUCGGUCUCCUCGGCCCUCCGGAGAGUCCGAUCUUCGCGUCGGAAGAGGCGAAAAAGACCCUCAUAGGCCUCGCAAGGGACCUACGGGGUUUAGCCUUCGCGUUCAAUGCAAAAACUACAUACAUGAUGCUUUUUGAUUGGAUUUAUCCUUGCUACACGAAAGUUCUACUCCGUGGAGUCGAACUGUGGUUCAACGAGCCCGCUGUGACCACUCCAGUCCUCAAGCUGACUACCGAGUUGGCGCAGAACAGAAAUCAAAGAUUACACUUUGACGUAUCGUCACCUAAUGGAAUACUGCUGUUCCGAGAGCUGUCCAACAUCAUAUGUGCUUAUGGCAGCCGGAUAUUAACAAUAGACGUAAGCAAGAAACAAAUGUACGCAAUGAAACUAAAAGGCAUAUCUCUCUGCUUUUCCAUACUGAAGGCGGCGCUCUGCGGUAACUACGCUAAUUUCGGAGUAUUUAGGUUAUACGGCGAUGAGGCUCUAGACAACGCGUUAAACAUGUUUGUCAAGUUAUUGUUAAGUAUACCGCAGAACGAUUUACUGGAUUAUCCGAAGCUAUCACAAACGUACUACGUCUUAUUAGAACGGCUUGCUCAAGACCACAUGCCAUUCCUUGCUAAUCUACAGCCGGAAGCCACUCUUUAUAUUUUAUGCUCUAUAUCUGAAGGACUUACUGCUUUAGAUACGAGUGUAUGUACUGGCUGCUGCGCCACACUGGACCAUAUAGUCACUUAUCUAUUUAAGCAAUUAGUACAGAAAUCAAGCAAUAAAGUGGGCAACCCGCGCCAGCCACCUCCCGAGACCAGCAACAUGUUCAUCGAGGUGCUUCAACGGCGGCCGGAGAUCAUGCAACAGUUGCUUGCCACUGUGUUAAACGUAAUAAUGUUCGAAGACUGCUGUAACCAAUGGUCAAUGUCGCGCCCCCUGCUGGGGCUAAUACUGCUCAACGAGGAGCAGUUUUCUCGCAUUCGCAGCGAGAUGAUCGCGCAGCAGCCGAGGGAUAAGCAGCCGCAGCUGGCGCAGUGGUUCACGGGACUCAUGGCUGGCAUCGAACCGAACUUGCUCACCAAAAACAGGGAUAGAUUCACACAAAAUCUCUCCAUGUUUAGACGAGAUAUUAACGAUUUGUUAAAAGGCACAUCGGUGAACACAAGUUCGUCUGUCAAUGACAUGAUGACUUCGUAAUUUUAAGGUUGUAAGCUGUGUUGUUUCGUGUACAUAUGCUUUUAAAUUUUAUGGAGGCCUGCACUUAUAUAGAACUAAAGUGUGUAUUAAAAGUGAUUCAUAUCAAAGUUGCCAGGUUUUAAAGCUAUGCAGAAGUCCAUCUUCAAAUUUGGAUAUAAAUAAAUUAUUUUAAUCACAACAUAGAUCAUGUCAUCAUGUCAUGUCAUGUCAUGUGAUUUUGAAGUAUAUAAAUAUAAAAGCCGUGGCUGUGUAAUAGUUUGACUCAAACAGAAGCCGUGGGUUUGAAUCCAGCCUCGCACCUCUGAGGUGUUUUUCCGGAUUCAAAUCCGAGGUUUGAAAUUUACCAUAAUGUUUUGCAAAACUUGGAUAAAUUAAUAGGUUGAUUAUUUCCGAAAAUGGGCGGGACUAGUGCGCUGCGAUCGGUUGUCAUUCAACAAUUGGUUACUUAUUAAUAUGAAAUGGGCGAGAUCGGUGUGUGGCUGUCGGUGGUCGUCAGUUGUGCGAGAACAACACAGCGCAGCUAUUUUGCAUGAUGAGGUUGCAU